CACCCAAAGUAAUCAAACAAACUCACCCAACUUCAUUCAAACAACAUUAUCCUCCCACUCUUCUAAUAAGCUAAGAAGCGCGUUUGUAACAAAAAUAAAUAAGCGAUUUCAUUAAUCAUAGAAUCAUAACAUAACAUGGGUAUUGAAAGAGGAGGACUAAAGAGUCUUCGUGGCGGCUGGAGUGUGCCACCUAAGCUAUGUGAUUCUUGCAAGCUUACUCCCGCCGCGCUUUUUUGCCGUUCUGAUUCUGCGUUUCUAUGCAUCAACUGUGAUUCCACCAUUCACUCUGCUAACAAACUCUCUUCCCGCCACGAGCGUGUCUGGAUGUGCGAAGUCUGCGAACAAGCACCAGCUUCCGUCACGUGCAAAGCUGACGCCGCCGCUCUCUGCGUCACGUGCGAUUCCGACAUCCACUCUGCCAAUCCACUCGCUCGCCGUCACGAACGUGUCCCCGUUGAACCUUUCUUUGAUUCCGCUGAAUCCGUAGUCAAAUCCUCCUCCGCCGCCGCCGCAGCAGCUGCGUCUUUCAAUUUCGUUGUUCCUACUGACGACGGUUACGGUCAAGAUGAUGCUGAAGCAGCUGCGUGGCUUAUUCCGAAUCCUAAUUUUGGAUCAAAACUCAAUGAAACUCAAGAUAUCAAAACUAGAGAGAUGUUUUUCUCUGAUAUGGAUCCGUUUCUCGAUUUUGAUUACUCAAACAACUUCCAGAACAAUAACUGCAGCAACGCGAUGAACGAUAGCGUUGUUCCUGUUCAAACUAAACCUACUCCGGCGCCGAUGAUGAAUCACAACUCAGAAGGUUGCUUUGACAUUGAUUUUUGCAGAUCGAAGCUAUCUUCCUUUAACUAUCCAUCACAUUCGAUUAGCCAUAGCCAGGUUUCGUCAUCUUCACUUGACGUUGGAGUGGUGCCAGACGGAAACACAGUGUCAGAGAUAUCAUACAAUUUCGGAUCGGAAUCGAUGGUUUCAGGGGGUGUGAAUAGUAGUAACCAAGGGGUGCAAGGAGCAACACAAUUAUGUGGAAUGGAUCGUGAAGCGAGGGUUAUGAGGUACAGAGAGAAAAGGAAGAACCGAAAAUUCGAGAAGACUAUUCGUUACGCUUCACGAAAAGCUUAUGCAGAAACCCGGCCUAGAAUUAAAGGCCGGUUCGCUAAACGAACCGAAAUUGACUCGGAUGUGGACCGUCUCUAUAACCCUGCUGAUCCUCUCUCAGUUCCUUCAUCUAUGCUAAUGGACUGUCCAUACGGCGUCGUUCCCACGUUUUAGUAAACAAGGAUAACAGAGGAGUAUGAUUCUCCUAUACUAUGGUUUCAAUGUGUUAGAAUAAUUAGUGAUGAUGAUUCUGUGGGAACCGUUGAUUAUUUUGUUUUUAUUGCUAAUUAAAAGUUCAGAUAAGUUGAGUCCCUCAGAUACAUCAAUGAUCAGAGACAAAGAUAUUUACCCGUCGCGCACUAACGAGGUCUUUAUCACUGGACUUCUUACCAACUGGAUCAACUGUUUUAAUAAUGUUGAUUAUUAUUAUUAGGAUGAAAAGUGGUGAAUUGGUUAGAUUUGGCGCGGUUGUACGGUGUAGGGGCAGAGCAUGGUUAAGAAGCUUUGCAUGAACUUUGAAUUGAAUUGAAGAUUUGUCUGGAGUAAAAAAAGCCCGUUUUUUACUUUUGGUUGUUGAAGAAAGGAGCGGGCUUUUUUAGUUGAUAUUGAUAUUAUUAAUCUGGUGUAGAAUUAGAAUCUGUACUGUAAAAUGAAUCAUAUUUCACUGUUUGAUUGAAAUCUAUUUUGAGAAAAAAGAAAGUGUCUUUUUCUAAUGGGAUCACGGAUCUCUUUCCCCAUUCCUAUUGGAUGGGGUGCCACUCCUUUUCUCCAGCUGUAUCUCUGUAUCCGUGUUUUUCUUUUUUGUGUAACUUUUCCAGUCAACUUGUUUUUGUCAGCUUAUAUAUUAUAUA